CAAUGAUAGUAAUUGUGGUAAUAAUAAUGAUGAUGAUAGUGGUAGUUGUGAUGAUGUUGAUGAUGAUGAUGAUGUUGAUGAUGUUGAUGUUGAUGUUGAUAAUGAUGAUGAUGAUGAUCAUUAUAGUGGUUCAAAAGUAAAGUUUUUUAAAUUCUAUAAAGAUGAGAAAUUUUUUCGGCUAUAA